CCAACAUCUUCCCAGAAGCCCAGAGCAUCACAGAGACGGAGAGCGGCGCUGGAGCUCAGUAGGACAGCAGGAUGGAGGGAGUGAGCGAGGAUGACCUCUGCUGGCUGCAGCUGGAUGACUUCAGGAUGCUGCUGAUUAAAACCAUCGACCCGUCCAGAAUCACUCCUUACCUCCGCCAGUGCCAGGUGAUCAGCGCUGAGGAUGAGGAGCAGCUCUUCAACGACCCCGCCCUGGUCAUCCGCCGGAGGAAAGUCGGAGCGCUGCUGGACAUGCUGCAGCGGACCGGGAUGAAGGGGUACACGGCGUUCCUGGAGAGCCUGGAGCUGGACUACCCGCAGCUGUACAGCCGGAUCACGGGGAAGGAGCCCAACAAGACCUUCAGCAUCCUGAUCGACACGGCGGGAGAAUCGGGCCUGACCCAGUUCCUGAUGUCGGAGCUGAGCCGCCUGCAGAGGGUGCUGCAGGACGAGCGGAGGCGGCGCCAGGAGGCCUGCUCCGUGGCCCAGGAACAGGAGGCGUGGUCCCGGCAGCAGAAGCUGAAGGAGCGGGAGCUGAAGAAGCUGACUGAGCGCGUGCAGAAGCUGCGUGAGGAGCGCGAGCAGCUGACCGAGGAGCUGAAGAAGCUCCGCCUCCACAACUACAACCUGAUGGCCGACGUCACCAGCCUGACGCAGGACAAGAGCAACGCCCUGCUGGCCAACAGGGACCUGCAGAUAGAGGUGGAGCGUCUGAAGCACACGGUGCUGCGGGCGGAGAGCGAGACGCGGCUGCUGAAACGGAGGACCGUGAGGCCGCUGCAGCAGAGCAGAAUCCUGACUCCGCCCUCUGACGCCUUUCUUCAACUCAACGACCAGGAGGAGCAGCAGGAGGCGCCGCCUCCGGGGAAGCAGCAGGAGGAGCUGCAGGAGGAGAAGAAGCCGGACAGGAGGGAGGAGCUGAAGGAUGGCCAGCGGCUCGGCCGCGCGUCUCCGCAGAUGAACCUCCUGACCACCGUGUUCAGGCUGAGGAGGGAGCUGCACAAGGCCGAGGAGCAGAGGGCAAAGAGUGUGGAGGAGAAGGAGGAGCUGAGCCUCCGCUGCGCUCAGCUGAAAGGAGACGCCAAGAUGUACCGGCAGCAGAGCAAGCAGACGGUCCGGCAGCUGGAGGAGGUGAUCCGAGAGAGGGACAAGGCUCUGGUGGCGCAGGCGCAGCAGCAGGAGGAGGCGCGGCUCCACCUGCAGGAGAAGGACCGGUACAGGGAGCGCGUCCGGCAGCUGGCCGAGAAAACAGACAAGCUGGAGCUGCUCCUGCUGAGGUCACAGGGGGAGGAGCUCCAGCUGAGGACACGCCUCCGCAAGAUGACCUUCAACUCCCAGCAGUUUGAGAGGAACUUGAGCAGCGAAGAAGACGGGGCGAGCGAGAGCGCCGCUAAAGGCAGCAGCGAGGAGGUUCCCAGCGGGACGUCGGGGGAGAACGAGGAACCGGCCGCUCCGCCGCAGGAACACGGCCCUCCAGCAGGGGGCCCCAGGGAGUCGGACCACAGGCCCAACAAUGUUGCAUCAUGGGACGAGCAGCCGGACGGCGGAUUCUUCACGCUAAGUCGGCCCAACUUCAGGAAGCGAGCCCUGAGGUCAAAGUUCCCCAGCGGAGAGUCGGUGGCCUGUAACGUGGGGGACAGCACCGGCAGCGAGUCGGACUGAGGUCGGUCCACUGGUUCUGACCCAGCAGCAGACUCAGUUCUGAUGAGGAUCCGGUUCGGUUCUGACGACGUUUCACCAAAACAAACUUCUGUUUCCUGAUCUGAUCUUUUACAACUUCUGAAACAUUUUCUGUUUCUCUUCAGAUAAAUAAAUGUUUUAUUUCUGAGAAACUGAACCGGUUUAUUUAAAUAUUGGACCCG